UGAAGAGCGAAAGUGUUUCAUUGUUUUUAUUAAUUUAGUACUUAUUUUCAAGAUUUACCUAUUUAAAUAUGAGAACUAGCCACUCACAGUAUUUAACAAUGGUGGAAUUUAUGGAAGCAAAUGGAGAUUUAUCAAAACCAUCAGGCGGUCCACGAGGUCGCAAUUUUAUACAGAUGAAGUGGAAAGAGUUAACGGGAUUACUAAAUAGCGAUUCUUCAGGAGAUCCUAAGAGUGAGGACAAAUGGCGUAAGGUGUGGAGUGAUUAUAAGAAUAAUUGCAAGAAAAAGUGUGCUAAAAUUAAUAGAGCUGCUAGUGGCACUGGUGGCGGACCAGCGCUCCAUUUAUUAUUGACUGACCAAGAACAAAGGGUCAUGCAGAUAAUUGGAGUGCAGGCAGCUACUGGCAUGGAGAUAAAAGAAGCUGGGUUUCCACAAGAAGAAAUUUCAACUGAGAGGCCAAAUACUCAAAUUAUUUUAAAGGAACCGGAAAUAGAUUGGAAUACUCCUAGCACAAGCAGCCAACCAACAGUGGCUCCACCACCACCAACUGAGGCUCCCCCUCCAGUUAUUAACGAGGAAGAGGAGUGGAACCCUCCGCCACAGAAAAAAAGAAAGAACAAUUUAACAAAAAUGUUUUUAGAUAUAGACCGAAAGGCAAGGGAGUAUGCUUCAGAGCGUGAUAGGGUAUAUGAGGAAUUAGAAAGAGAUCGGUUGAGAGUUAGAGAAUUUGAGGUACGUGAAAGAGUAAGACAGAGAGAUGAAGAGCUACGGAUGCAGGGUCAAUGGCUCGAAUUUAUGAAAGAGGCAAUGGAAGCUUUUGUGAGGUUUAUGGAGAGAAAGUCUUAAGUUAAGCUUAAUUACUAUAUUUUUUUACCAAUUACUUAAUUAUUUUAUUUUAUUUUAUUUUACCAAUUACUUAAUUAUAAUUACCAAUUACUAUAUUUUUACAAAAUGAAUAAACAAAAGUAAAAUUA